AACUAUCGAAAUUGCCGGCUAACAGAAUGCAGCACCUAUCACGCCGUAUACCCCAGUUCCGCUGCUCAACCAGGGCCUACGCAUCACUCACUUCAUCACCCAUAAACCCCACUAGCGUCGGCCCCUUCCAAGUCUUCGACCGCAACGCCAAACGUAUCCAAAAAGACCGAGCCGCUACUCGUAAUGACGGUGAGGCUAGUCGGACGGUAGAUUACGUGCGUGACGAGGUCGCAGAACGGAUGAUUGAACGAUUCAUGGAUGUGAAACGCAAGUUCUCGUCAGUCUUGGAUAUCGGAUCCGGCUCUGGACAUUUCUCGAAGCUUUUGGAGCAGGACCAGACGUCGAAGGUGACCAUGCUGGAUAUGAGUGAGAAGAUGUUACACAGAGAUCCUGAUUCAGAGUUUGAAGUCCCUGUCGAACGUAUGCACGCCGACGAAGAAAAACUCCUCGAGAACAUCCCCCCAAACUCACAAGACGCCAUUGUGUCCUGUCUCAGUUUACACUGGGUGAAUGACCUCCCAGGCGUCCUCAUCCAAAUCAGAGAAGCCCUCAAACCCGACGGCGUCUUCAUCGGUGCUCUCUUCGGCGGCGACACCCUCUUCGAACUCCGAACGUCCCUUCAGCUCGCAGAAAUAGAGCGAGAAGGCGGUAUCUCUCCGCACGUCUCUCCCAUGGCCGAUCCUCGAGAUAUGUCGAACCUCAUGGGCCGAGCAGGAUUCACGCUUCUUACCGUCGAUGUCGACGAAGUCAAGGCGGGAUACCCGUCUAUGUGGGAGUUGCUUGAUGAUUUGAGGGAUAUGGGCGAGAGUAACGCCGUUGUCGGUCGCCGAAACGUCAUUCACAGAGACACGCUCGCUGCUGCCUCCGCUAUAUACAAGGAGAUGCACGGUGAAGAAAAUGGGACAAUACCAGCGACUUUCCAGGUCAUCUUUAUGAUCGGCUGGAAACCUGCUCCUACACAACCCAAGCCCCUCGAGAGAGGCUCAGGCAAAACUAAUCUGAAGGAAGUGCUCUAAUAAGUUGUCGAAGAUCACCACUGCAUAUAAUAUAUGGACAUCAAGCAUCUGCCUCUCUUAUACCAUCAUCCACGACACUCGUCUCUGCUCCUGCAUCCACUCCCACCUCCGGCUCUAACACUGCUCCAUCAUCUGCCACUGAGCUCGUCAACCCCUUGGCCUCUACAUCGCCGCUCUCGUCCCUGUCUUGUUCCUUGUCAUCAUAUUCACCACCCUCACCUUCACCGUCCUCACCCCCAUCAUUGCUCUUCGCCCGCCCCGCUCCACCCUGCUGGAACUUGCGCUUCGGGAUAACAGCAUAAAACGCCUGCUCCCAAUCCUUCGUCUCGACCCAUUUUAGCAAGAUCUCGAAGACUUGGUUGACCGUUAGAACUUUGCGGGUGGGCAAGUCGGUAAGGUAGCGACCAAUUGGGAGACGUGCGGCGCGGAUGCCGGAGGUGGUGGCUUUGUUCAGGCAGAGGUUCUGUAUAUGAAUGUAAGCAUGGAUAGAGGUAAAGGAGGAGUGUUGCGACUUGGGAUAUAUGGGUGGGCAGUGAGAGAGGGAACGUGCCUUGUAACGGUUGUGAUCGCAUAUGCCACCGAUGAUGUAUGUUUCGCCUUCUUUGAGCUCAUUCAGCUCGUCCGACGAGUCGGCGGUGAGAUAUACGACGGUGUCUUUUGAUGCAGAGCCUCUGGAGUUUACUUGCUUGUUCCCCUUCCUUCCUACCUUCUUCCCUGAAACAGGCGCUAUCUUCGCUCCGUCUUGCGCAGCCGUUACAGCUUCCUCCCCGGUCACAGCGACCUCGUCUGAUGCCACGGGAGUCUCGCGCCACAGAUCUUCGUAGCUCUCAGUCCACCACUCCGUGCCCGUCCAACGCUUGUAUCCUGCAUCGUUCAUGCUCUCAAGACGCGUUAAUGUUCGGCCGUUGAGCGAAGUGUAGAGGAUGUUGGAGAAGAAAGUGUCGGCAUGUCGAUUGGCGCUAUACGUGUACGCGAGCUGAGAACAAAGCGAACUGACUUCCUACACACCACCCCACCAAACCACGACCACAGCCAUAUCCAUAACAAACGAAUGCAUGCAUGUAAAUAACUACUUACACGCCUUGACCAGGAGGCUCCACGAAUUGAAAUGGGAUAUGGAUAUGGGAAAUGCGAAGGGGGA